AUGGAUGAAGAUACGUUUGUCCAUCGGUACUGUCAUCAAAUACUUGAGGAAAUUUUUAAUAAAGCUGAAUUUUCAUUAGUUUGGGCAAAUGGCGAAUCUGAAAGUUCUAAAGAGAGACGUUUAUUAGAUGAUCACAAUUAUGGUAGGAAGCCAGACUUUUGGAUUCUCGUAAAUAUUGAAGAGGCUGACAGGGAACUCAUAUUUGGCGAGAUAAAGCCACCUCAUUGCACUAUCGCCUUACAUGGCUGGUCUGGAAACAUAUGGCAUAUUAAUUUAUGUUUGGCAUUAGUGUUCUGGGAAUUGACGAGCUGUUCAUCGCCCUUUGAUUAUGAAACAAAAAAAAAUGAUUACGAAAUCAUACUCGAAAUUAAUGAUGGUAAAAGAGAGAAUCCUAUGCUAAGUACAAAUAGUAAAUUUGUUGCACUUUAUCAAAAAUGUUGGAAAUGUGAACCUGAUAAAAGACCAGAUAUUUGCGAAGUGAUUUCAGUCCUUAAUGGUAUUGAUCCCAUUAAGUCUGAAAACAAUAAACUGCAGACGAACUUUAAUCCCAAAGAAAACGAGAAAGGUGCAUCGACAGAAGAAUUUGAAGAGACAUGUCCAAUUAUGAUAUAA